AUGGCAAAGCUAGUCUCGCAGGAAAGCGGUGGUCGAAGUCAGAAAGAGAAAGCUCUACGACGAGCGUUACGUGAACAACGUGAUUUGCUGAAUCUCUGUGGCUUACCAUUGCCCGUUGAUCCGACUGUUCGAGUGAAUAUGUUGCUCUCCGAUACUGCAACGCUCUUCAACAGCAAUUUGAUGCCAAUGAAAUUGACGUUUCGAACUGAAAAAGGCGAUAAUUUCGUUGCUAUUUUCAAACGUGGCGAUGAUCUCAGGCAGGAUCAGCUGAUGAUACAAAUGAUUCGACUGAUGGAUGGUUUACUUCGAGCCGACGGUCUUGAUUUACGUCUUACGCCAUAUUCCGUUCUUGCAACAUCCACGUCGGAAGGAUUUGUGCAAUUCGUCAAAGCGAUUCCUCUUCGUGAAGUGAUUUCAAAUUGGGGCACUGUUCAGGCUUUUUGUGGAAUGUUAGGUUUUUUUUGUGAUAUAUGGCAAAAGCAGUUUGUCUGUAUCAAAUUGAGAAAACUAGGACCGAUUUCAUAUAUGAUGGUACUGGAUUACUACAGUGAUCGACAUUUGCACAAUCUUUUGUUGUGUGAAAACGGGAAAAUGUUUCAUGUGGAUUUUGGUUAUAUUCUUGGACGUGAUCCAAAACCGUUUGCGCCACCACCGAUGAAAUUGACCAGUGAAAUGAUCAAUGGUAUGGGCGGCUCACAUAGGUAA